ACGAGCACGUAGCGGUGACGUAAUGUUCACUCCUGCUACCACCGUCGGCGCAGAGACUGCUGGGAAGAAAGGUCAAGAAUCGGUGAUGUCGAGAGGCACGGAUUUAGUGCUUACGACAAAGAUAGCCCCUGAGCAGAAGUAAGGACUAGAUUUGUAGAAGUACUUAACGAUUUCUACUUAGACCUGUGUGCUUUAGAGCUUAUAGUAGAACCUUUAUUAGUAAAUAGUCUCGUUUGAAUACAGUCUCGUCUGUUUUUCUAACUGACUUCUCUUCGGCUAGCUAACGUUAGCUGGCUAGCAGCUGCAUUGUUAUUGUUUUCGCAUUCUUUGGCGGCGGCCAUAUAAACACUGCUCUCGGUGCUUCCCCGGCUGAGGCAGGGGUCCAGACCGCCUGAGUGAUGUUUUUCUGUCCGUCCCGUGAAGAUGGAUGAGAAGUCCAACAAUAGCAGCAGCCACCACCACCGGCUGCUGCUCGUCCUGCUCAUGGUGUUACUGUUUGGCGUCGUUAUGAUCCAGUAUGUGUGCCCGAGCGGCUCUGAGUGCCAGAUGCUGCGCCAGCUGGGGUCCUGGCUCAAGGUGAACGGCGCAACUGGUUCCCGAAGCAAUGGCAGGGAAGUCCAGGAUGGAGUCCCAAAAGAUCCCUACAUUGCAGAAGACGGAGCUUUGGCCCGAUUUGUCCCUCGCUUCAACUUCACCAGAAGUGAUUUGAACCGUGUAGUAGACUUCAACAUCAAGGGAGAUGAUGUUAUAGUUUUUCUGCAUAUUCAGAAGACCGGGGGCACAACAUUUGGUCGACACCUGGUCCGGAAUAUCCAGUUGGAGAGACCCUGUGAGUGUCACGCUGGACAGAAAAAGUGCACCUGUUUCCGACCCGGUAAAAAGGAGACCUGGCUUUUCUCCCGCUUCUCCACCGGCUGGAGCUGUGGCCUUCAUGCAGACUGGACGGAGCUGACGAGUUGUGUACCUUCACGUAUGGACUCUCGAGAAGCUCCCAGGAACCUGGCCAGGAACUAUUACUAUAUAACCAUCCUAAGAGAUCCAGUAUCACGGUACCUAAGUGAGUGGCGUCACGUGCAGCGUGGUGCUACGUGGAAGGCCUCCUUACAUGUGUGUGAUGGACGUUCACCAACUUUGUCUGAGCUCCCAAGCUGUUAUUCAGGAGAUGACUGGUCAGGUUGCUCCUUGCAGGAAUUCAUGGACUGUCCUUACAAUCUAGCAAACAACCGUCAAACCCGUAUGCUAGCUGACCUCAGCCUGGUGGGCUGCUACAAUGUCUCUGCCAUGAGUGAGGAGGAACGUUGGGCAGUACUUUUGGAGAGUGCAAAGCGCAACUUGCGUGGCAUGGCCUUCUUUGGGCUAACUGAGUACCAGCGUAAGACCCAGUACCUAUUCGAACGUACCUUUAACUUGGAGUUUAUCGCACCCUUUACGCAACUCAAUGGUACUCGUGCAUCUAGUGUCGAGGUACCUCUUGAGACGCAACACAGAAUCCGCCUGUUGAAUAAGUGGGAUGUGGAGCUGUAUGAGUAUGCCCGUGACCUUUUCCUGCAGCGUUUCCAGGUGGCAAGGCAGCAGGAGCGCAGGCAGGCCAGGGAGAGGCGGCAGCAGGAGAGGAGGCGGCUCCGUGGAAGACUUACAGUGAAGCAAGGUAGGCUGCUGAAGCCCACAGAAACACCCAUUCAUCCCGACAGCCACACUGAGGAGCCACAGAGAGGGAAGACUGAUGGAGACACUGCAGAGACUGAAGCUCUCCUACCAGAUUGGUGGGAUUUGGAUGAGAAUGGCACUGCAGAUGACUACAUGGAUAUUGUUGAACAGUGGUAACAAGUGGAAAGCAGGAGCACUAGGAUGUCUUAAAACCGAGUGUGCCAAAUGCUGCCUUGACUGCUGUUAAUGAUGCUUGUUUUUUAUUCUAUGGCAUUCACCGAUUUUUUUCUUCCCAAUGAACUGUUUUAAAUGAUGAAUUUUUAUUUAUUGAUUCUGAUUGUAUAACUUUGCCACCAAUGAUAUUCAAACUGAAAACAUUUUCUUGACAGAGAAUGGUAUAGCUACUUGCAAUCCUAUACCUUUCAGUAAUCUCUAAAGCUUUCUUGUGACUUUUACACAUAAGUGAAGUCAGUUCUUGUAAUAAAGAUUUAAAAAAAAUUCUCUUUGUUAAAAAUAACAAUAUAAUAGUUGUUUUUGUCAGGAAAAAAGCUACUGUUUGUGAUUAACAAUCUGUAUGCCAAACUGUCUUGUCUGAAACACGUACAGUGAAUUUUAAAAUGUAUCUGCGUUUUUAAGUGUCUUAAGAAAAAAAAAAGAAAUUAAAUUUUCUUACCUCAGUAUGUAGAAUAACUGCUAAUGUUGUGAAGGUUCUGAAUGUGUCCCAAACUUUACUUUUUAUAUAAAACUACUUUUACAUUCA